AUGGCGGCGCACUUCCAGGAGGAGCAGCACGUCCCGAAGGAGUGCGGCAACUGCGGAUGCACCGAGGACCUCGCGCUGUGCGCCCGAUGCCACAGCAUCCACUUCUGCAGUCGCAAGUGCCAGCGCGCGUACUGGCCCUUCCACAAGGAGUGGUGCCGCCAGAACGAUUUCGCGGACGCCGCCGAGAAGACCGAGCCCAAGUUCGCGCGCUGGAUGCGCAAGCACGGCAAGAUGGCGGUCCUCAAGGACGACGAGGUGGACCGCAUCGAGCGCAAGGUGACCUCGAUGGAGGACCUGUACGGCCGCGCCCAACCCAAGCCGAGACCCCCCGAGUUCGACGCCGACGACAUGCGAAGGAUGAAGGCGCGAGAGGAGACGGACCUCCUCGCGGCUCGCGCCGCGGAAGCCGCCACCUUGGAGGACAAGUCCGCGCUCGCCUACCGCCAGCUCGAGAUCGAACACAACCUCGGCGAGGACUGCGGGACGUACAAGUGGCGACAGACGCAGACGUACGUGGAGGUGUUCGUCCCUUUGCCCGCGACUUGUGUGGUGGCAACCGACGUGAGCGUGAACCUCACGUCCACGUUUGUCAGCGUUCGAGUGCGAGGCGAGCCCGUCGUCGAGGGCGAGCUUCACUCGCCCAUCAAGGCCGAGGCGAGCACGUGGGUCGUCGUCGACGGCGUCCUGGAGAUGUCGCUGCUGAAGCGUAACCGCCGGGGGAACUACGACGACGGGUGCACCAACGCGGACACGUUCUGGUACUCGGUGUGCUUGUCGACCAAGUUUGGCGGCCAAAUCCAACCCGCGACGGGUGACCACAGGGGCGCGAGGCGGCUGGCGCUGACCGAGCCCCCGCACGAGUACUACGACACGGAUUGGAUCGCGGAUCCGGAGGACGCGGGUCCCGCCGGGAGGGACAAGAACGGCCGAGGCGCGUCCUCCAGGGGGCGAGCGAUCAAGGGGCGCCGGUGA